AGCCACAGAUGUGCUGGUCUAGACAACAGGGAACCUCCAUCUGCUGCCAAGAGAGCUGUGCACUUUACCUUCAACAGCCUGAACUUUUUCUAACCUGUUUGGGACAUCUUCACUGAUAAUCCGAAUCUUCUGUGUAAGGUAAGAAAACAAUGAUCAUACAUAAAGCCCCCUUUUUUAGUUUUAUAGACUUUAAUAUGUGCAAUUGAUUUUAAAGCACAAUGCAGAUACUUAUAAUCUGUUUAAUUUGCUUCUACAGCUUUUCUUCGCUCUUAACGCAGGACCCAUGUGGGUGGUGGAAAAGAUCCGUGUAUCUGUGGAGAGAUCGAACUUGCCAAUUCCAUCAGCUGAACUCAGCUUCAAGAUCGGUCACAUCAUGUUUGGAGAAAAAGCUGAUAAAGCCAAAAGGAUUUCUCUCUGUCCUAACGUCAUCACCCCUGACAACAUCCCAGAGUUCUGUAUCCCACCGACCAUCCCGUCUUUGCAAGAGAUGAAGAAUACAGAGCUGAGUCGAGCAGCUCGAGUUAUCAAGGGGUCUCCCUGUGAGAGGAUGAGUCCUGAAAUAGAGGUGAUGCAUUAUGAGCCCAUCAACCCACACAUUAUUCAGGUGGAGAGUGUGGAUGAAAGCCCCUAUGAGGGCUGCAGUGAUGAGGAGACCACCAACGCUGACCCUCAGAGCCAGGCUGCGCUGUCCCUACCGCAUCUGGCCAAAGCCCAGACCUGCUACGGCUUCUGCACCUUACUGGAGAGUCCCCAUACUAGGAGAAAGGAAUCCCUCUUCCAUGCCGAUCCUGGUUCCUCUCCCCUGCUGCUGCCCAGGAGUCGCUCCAGUGUGUGCACCAGAGUCUCCCCCACCACCUCGCCCUCUUCCUCUCCUUCAUCAUUCAGCCUUAACUCCCUGACAUCUAGGCUUUCCCCAAAAGGAUACACUCUGAACUGGCAGGCCACUCUAGACAGCGACACCACCUCCUCCACUGAAUCCUCGCCUUUUAGCUCGCCACUGCUGACCAGGUGCCCUGCCAAGUCUUCCCUGUUCAAAGCGCUGAGCCAUGAACUGUUGUUGUCAAGGAACAUGAGGAAGGCAAUGGUGUCCAGAAACAAUUCCCUGUCCACAGAUGAAGGCAGCUCCACUGACAAUAGCCCCAAUGUCAUGAGGAGGGCAUCUGAGGGCUUAGUUGAAGGCCUGCCUAGCAGCUACAGCCUCGCGCCGCCCACCAUCUUCCCUGUGGACUUGACUCUGCACAGAGAACGGGUAAUGAAGGAGAGAAUGGUGCCCAUAGGGAAAGACGGCAGCCUGAGACUCUCAGCGGAGUACUGCCUGGAGAACCAAAGACUGCGGGUUCGAUUGAUCAGUGCUGAGGGCCUUUAUCCUCUCUCUGUAGACCCCAAGAUCAUCAACUGCAGUGUCAGCCUCUCUCUGGUUCCCGGUAAAAUCCAGAAGCAACGCAGUACGGUCAUCAGAAAGAGCCGCAACCCGAUCUUCAAUGAGGAUUUCUUCUUUGAUGCUAUCUCUGAGGAAGACCUCGGCCAACGCUCCCUUCGCUUCAAAGUGGUGAACAAAAUGUCCACGCUGAAGAGAGACUAUCUCCUGGGUGACUGUGAUUUGCCUCUUUCUAGCAUUGUGGCAUUAUGAAGCACUCUUUACCAGAUUAUUUAUGUACUGCAUUAUUUAUUUUCAUUUUUGUAUUGUAAAAUUAGAUUUUAUAAUAAUUAAAUUAUGUAUAUCCCUACAA